GGCUAGGUAUAUAAGUUUCCUUGGCUGUCAUCCAUGUAGGAAACAUUCACAGCACUCUGAAUGGAAGUCAUCAAGAGGCAUGAGGACUGAUAUCUGGGAGUCGUUGUUCCGCAGCAGAGUGGGAGUCAGUUCUUUGCAAGUUACAAGACUUGGAGGAAACGAAUUGAUGCUCAUGUUUCUCCCACAGAGCUGAAGUCGGAGAACACCCUCAAACAUCCCUGGCAGCCUGUUCUACUUCUUUUGAAUUAAAUAUGAUAAAUACAGAUGCAGAACCAAGAGUCAAUAUUCCAAAAGGCUCCAGCAUCUCAGAGCAAGAAGGGACCUGGGAACCAUCUAGUUCAACCCACUUAUUUUCCAGAAUCAACUCCAAAAUGACAACUCCAACUGAGUGUCUACACUGCAUGAAAUCAAUUUAUGGAAAGGAAUAUACAGUAAAGAACGACGAGGCUUACUGUAUCCCUUGUUAUGACCUGCUCUUUUCUAGCGUCUGUGAGAAGUGCAAGGGAACCAUUGGGUAUUAUUCAAGGGAUUUUUCCUACAAAGACCUACAUUGGCAUGACGACUGCUUCAAGUGUGCCAAGUGUAAUCGCUCUUUGAUGGAAAAGCCUUUCGCUGUCAAGGAUAAAGUCUUGCUGUGCACCGCGUGUUAUACUAAUGAGUGUUCCUCCAAGUGCUUCCAGUGUAAGAAGAUCAUUAUGCCCGGCUCCCGCAAAAUAGAAUUCAGGGGAAACGAAUGGCAUGCAAGUUGUUUUAUUUGCCAGUCUUGCGGACAACCUAUGGGGAAAAACCCUGUAAUGACUAAAGACAGCAAAAACUAUUGUGUGCCCUGUUUUGAGAAGCAUUUUGCUCCAUAUUGCAAAUCUUGCAAGAAGGUGGUAAGUGUAGGAGGAAUGACUUUCCACAACAAACCCUGGCACAAGGACUGCUUUCUGUGCUCUCGCUGCAAGAAAAAGCUAUAUGGAGAAAAUUUUUUUUCCAGAGAUGAUGAUCCAUUUUGCCAAGAUUGCUAUGCUGACCUUUACGCCCUGAAAUGUGAUGCUUGCAACGAACCCAUCACUGAUGGCUAUAAGAGACCUGGCUGAAUUGUUAAUCAUAGACCAGGAGAACCACAGAUUGCAAGACACCUGCUCAGGUAGACACAAAGCAGCAGCUCAUCUUGGAGGCAAUUUAUGGACACUUUUAGCUGCGUAGCAGAACCAUAUUUCUAAUCCCUACUCCCUUACUACACAGGCUCCUGGAGCCUACUGCUGUUUCCAAGAUUAAUAUUUGUAUAUUAUACUCAAUUUUAUCCACUCUGCUUUGGUGGCAUAUGAUUAAAGAAUCACAAUCUCCACACCUCUGUAUUUUUUUUCCCUCCACCUCCAAACUCUAGGGCAUUAGGAAAUACUGAGCAGACAUUCUACCAUCCCCCCCGAGAAAGGAAAGAAAGUCAUGGCUAAUCUAAGCCAUGUGACUUGUCUGGGGUUCAGUUUCUUCACUUGAAUGUAAAAUGGAGUGGGCCAAAAAGAUUCUAAGAUCUCUUCCAGGACUAAAUCUAUGAAUAUACGAUUCUAACGCACUUGCUUUCCUUGGACUGGAAAAGGGAGAGAGAAGGCUACCUUUAUAUACAUGUAU